AUGAAUGUUUCACAUGGAUUUCAAGAUUCAGUCAUCGCCAAGAGUGUCUUAUAUGAUGCUCUUGGAAAACGUAUUCUUACAAUGACGGACUUUGCAUAUAGUUCUGACGAGAUGAUGUUGAUGUCAGCACUAUUAUGGAAACCACAAGAUAGAGUAUCUGGCAUUGAUAGUAACGAUCAACUGACAACACAACUAGUCGUCUAUCGAUUCAAUGGUACUAUGGCACCUCUAUCUAGUCCACCAUAUACAAUAAAAUUCAGACGUAAUCAAUAA